AUGUCGAUUUAUACCAAGCAUCCUUUGUUACCAGGCCAGACCCAUAUCCGUCUCCUGCAGAUACGACCCGGAUCUUCCAAUGACGAAAUAUCUUGCACAAUCAGUACUUUUGACAUCAACACGGCUCCCAAUUAUCACGCGCUGUCAUACGAAUGGGGGCCAAGGUCUCCUUUGGCGCUCAUCCAUGUCAUGGCCCAGCCAACAACAAUCCGAUCGAAUCUUUUCAACUUUCUAUCCCGUCUCAAAGCGCAUGCCUCACAUGAUUACCUGUGGUGCGACUCCAUCUGCAUCGACCAGGCCAAUGACUACGAACGCAGUCACCAGGUUCAGCUGAUGAACCAGAUCUACCGCAAAGCGCAGUCUGUCCUAGUGUGGCUAGGCGAAGCACGCGAGAACAGCGACAUCACCCUACGCACCAUCCGCCUGUUAAGCACUCACACGGACAGUGCCUCUCGAGCUGCCUACUUGUCAGACCGAGCGACAGUGUGGCAAGGCCUGGCAGACCUUUCCAAGCGGAGGUACUGGACAAGAAUCUGGAUCGUCCAGGAGAUCACAGUGGCACGAGACGCCGAGAUCUUCUGCGGAAGCGAAGUGAUUCCGUGGUCAACAUUCUCAGCGGCGUGCAAAUCCCCCCCGCAUCAUCUCACGGCGUGGAGUUCGGACCUGUGGGCUCCGUUGGCUGAAGAUAAAGCAGUUGGAGACGAUGGCAAGCAAACAAAGAGGCGCCAAGCGACAAUUGAACUCUUCCACAGCACCAUGUACGGGCUCAUUCGCUCGCAGAGACGCUGGCCGACCUCUACGGAAUCUUUCGCAACCCUUUAUGAGCGCCACAAAGAUUCUGGUUGCGAGGAUGGCCGGGAUCGGAUCUUUGCGUUGUUGGGCAUAGCAACUGAAGUCGCGUUCGAGCGCGGAUACACUGCCGAGUACCACAAGACCAAGGAGGAGACAUUCGUUUCCCUGGUUGCCUGGGGAGGGAAAGGGGCAGUAAAGAUGAACUGCCGCAUUCAGUUUGCGCGUCUGACCGCUGAAGCCAUGGAACUGACAUGGCCGCACCAUCAGUUAGAGUCUAGCCUUGAGUCCGAGUCCCAGAGGUCUCCCAGCUUCUUCAAGUGGAUUCAUCAACCCUUGGAGAUAUCAUUGCGCUGUCACGAUCUCGGAGAAUGGUCGUUUGACAGACAACCAGAGACGGCAGGGGCGACAAUUUUCAGGUCAGACUCAGGGGCCGAAGUUCACCUCUCACCCGAUGCAAACGAAGGCGAUGCGCACCUUGACUUGCAUCUGUUCGGUUUUAAAACUUCGGAAGUUCUUCUCGCCAGCCAGGUGACACGGGAAAAUUCCUGGACAGUUGUGGGUAGAGCAUAUUAUGCCAGCAAAGAGAAUCAGGGCCGACAGCCUAUGCCUAGCGUCUUCCGCGGGUUGAACAUCGCUGCCGAUGGAGUCGGCGGCCAUUGUGAAGUUCAGCUCGAGAAUGUCGCUCAAUUCAUGGAGAUCUUCUUAGACAAACGUGACCUUGAGCCGCCCUGGCCUGCGAGCUCGAGCCAGCUCGGCCUCGAAAGGGGAGCAGGGUCGCUGAGAAGGAAUCGGGAGCUCAGUGCAUUUGAACUCCUGGGGAGGAGGAGGAGGAGGGAGUGUUAA